CAAACUGGGGUUGAAAAAAAAACUGAUCAAACAUCAGAACAGAGAAAGUGGAAGAUGUGCUCACCCAGGAGUGUAGCAGAGGGAGACUGCUUGUCUUGAGAAGAUAAAGAAAAAAUUCUUACCUGUUCAAGCUAUUUGGGGAUCGCAGCCUACACACAAUGCCAGUUUGCUAUUUCUCUCUCAGCUCCUGAAGUUGGCCCAGAAGCUAUGGGGAAAAUGGAGCUCAGGUUCGGCAAGGGAGGCAGCAGAGAAGUGGGACCGCAGCAGUGGCUGGGGGAGGAGAGCCUUCCCUGGAGCAACGUGACCAACGGCACGUGGUCCCAAGAGAAUUGGGACAAGGAUCAAGCCCCGGGACUCACUCUCCGCACUCUGAGCGGCUGCCUCCUCUUCCUCCUCAUCCUCAGCACCCUGCUGGGGAACACGCUGGUGUGCGCGGCCGUCGUCAAAUUCCGCCACCUGCGCUCCAAAGUCACCAACUUCUUUGUCAUCUCCCUGGCCGUGUCGGACCUGUUGGUGGCCGUGCUGGUCAUGCCCUGGAGGGCAGUCACCGAGGUGGCUGGAUUCUGGCCGUUUGGCAGCUUCUGCGACAUCUGGGUGGCAUUUGACAUCAUGUGCUCCACUGCCUCCAUCCUCAACCUGUGCAUUAUCAGCGUGGACCGCUACUGGGCCAUCGCCAGCCCAUUCCGCUAUGAGCGCAAGAUGACCCAGCGAGUGGCUUUUGUCAUGAUUGGGGUGGCCUGGACGUUAUCUGUUCUCAUCUCCUUCAUCCCGGUGCAGCUGAGCUGGCACAAAGCAGACGACAUCCCUCCGGAUCCCGGUUCCACUUUCUCUCCAAACGCCACCCGGCCGAAGAACUGCGACUCCAGCCUGAACCGCACGUAUGCCAUCUCCUCGUCCCUCAUCAGCUUCUACAUCCCCGUGGCCAUCAUGAUCGUCACCUACACCCUCAUCUACCGCAUCGCUCAGAGGCAGAUCCGACGCAUCUCCUCACUGGAGCGGGCGGGGGAGCACGCCCAGAACUGCCAAGGCAGCGACUGCCCCCACAACGCCAGCCUCAAGAGCUCCUUCAAGAAGGAGACCAAGGUCCUCAAGACUCUCUCCAUCAUCAUGGGUGUCUUCGUCUGCUGCUGGCUGCCCUUCUUUGUCCUCAACUGCAUGGUCCCCUUCUGUGACGCAGCCACCCACGAUCCUGACCAGCUGCCCUGCGUGAGAGAGACUACCUUCAGCAUCUUCGUGUGGUUCGGCUGGGCCAACUCCACCCUGAACCCCAUCAUCUACGCCUUCAACGCCGACUUCCGCAGGGCCUUCACCACCAUCCUGGGGUGCAGCCGCCUCUGCUCCAGCAAUGCGGUGGAGACGGUCAACUUCAGCAACGAGCUGGUGUCCUACCACCACGACACCACCAACCUCCGGGACAUCGUGACCCUCAGCUACCCCCACCUGCUGCCCCACAUGGUCAAGCAGUCCCCCAGGGAGAAGGAGCUCUCCUUCGACAAGGUCUCUCGGAUCUCUCCAGUCUCCGCGCGCAGGUGCGAGAGCCCCAGCUGCCCCCCUGCUGUGGUGCACGCUGAGUGCGAGACGGACAUCUCUCUGGACAAGAUCAACCCCUUCACACCCGACUUGGCUUGAGAGGAGCUGGGACCCUGAGGAGAGAGGCACUGGACCACUGCAACCACAAAACAGAUUCACAGCGCUGGAAAACUGUGGAUAGAUUUCCUGAUCCUGAAACUUAGAAAGUUGUGGGGAAAAAAACUGGACAGGUUCACAUGUACAUAGAGGCUAACUGUGGCUGUAUUCAUUGGAACACCAGGGUCUCUGCAACAUUGUCUGGAGUGCUUGUUCUGUGGAAUAUCAGGGUCAUGUUCAUUUCUGCUGGAAUAUUAAGUACAUGGUGAUUGAAGCAUUGUUCAUCGUGGUUGCUGUUUAAUAAUGCUGGGAAUGCAUUGGAAUUCGUCGGGCUAGGCUCUGGAAUUUUGGGUUUGUGGAAUGUUCAGGUCAUAUGCAAAAGAAGGGAAAUGGAAUCCAUUGGAAUACACUGGAACGAAUGCGCUGUGGUCCCCUCUGGCUUUGACACUGCAUCCAUCGGAAGAGAGAGACGAUGUUACCAAAUGACCUGCAAUCUCAAGGUCAGAUACUGGGAAUCUGAGCGUAGGCACACAGCGUCUGUCUGUAUACUUCAUAAACUAUUUCACUUUUAGAAAUACUUUUAGACAAAACUUACCAGUGAUUCACUUAGCAAAGGAUUGCAAACAAUGCUAAAUAUAUAUAAAAAAAGACGUUUGGAGCUAUUUUGCUGUAAAGGGAUGGUGCAUCUUUACCUCUUUCUCUAUAACGCACACUCUGUCUGUUGUAUACACGCUAUAUUGUACAGCUGACCUUUUCAAAGAGA